CAUAGCUGGUGACUGGUUGACUUGUUGGCUUGUGCAAGUCCAAAAAGUCGUCAAAAAGUUCUCACCAGUAAAUUGUCAAGAUGCUGAUGCAUGCCCUAUGUAGAUCUAUCGGUCUCUGACAAUCCUCAGCUUAUGUUGAAGAUUAUUUCAACCGAGUACAACUUCGAACGUGCAUUGGCGCCGUUUCCUCAUGGCAUCCCACAGCUGCGGCCAAAGUCUGAAGCCCCUUUUCUGGAUAUUGUAGCCUCCUUCGUCGCUGCCCGUCAUGAUCAGUCUGUAGCAGUCUUUGCAUCGACUCGAGAACAAGAAGCCAGUGGCACCUUGGAGACCACUCUUUACCUUUUCGGUGAUGUUCCCUCGACAAUUCAGUCACACCUGCAGUCAAUUUUUGCCUUGCUUAGAGCAAUACAACCACCCGUCCUGGAGCGAAAGAAGAUCACACAAUCCAUAUCGGAAAUCGUUUAUCAACAAAAUUGGGAAAGAUGGACUUACUACCUCCAAAAAGUACUGGAUAGCCUGGAAUUCAUCGAGGAGAAAGCGACGGAACUGGAUCUCUCAUGGCAGCUUGGCAAAGAUCCCAGUUGCGGGCCGUUCUCGGAUAUAAGAGCCCUUGGUAAGGUGCUCACUAUGGGCAAGGAGGAGGGUGUUGCAUUUGCGGUUCCGAUGAUUACCAGGUUGUAUGGGAAAUGGAAGCAAAAGGGCUUCCUUGACACCGAGCUGUCAGAAUAUAAGGAACCUUUCGGGUUAUUUCCCCGUAUCGAGUCUGUUCUGGAGAACAAACUGGGGCUCUCGGUUCCUUUCUACCAGUGGAUUUCGAAGAUCCUUUCCGCAUACACGCACAGUGCGGCCCUGGUCCGUCUAAUUGGGCCAUCCAGGUCUUUCAGGAUCAUACGAGGAACAAUAAAUAUCGUAACGAUACCUUCCACGAGGCUUGUACCGGAUCCUCCUCUUCCCAUCAUCAGCCUCGAUACUAUCACGGCUGCUGUCUCAAACACUCGACUCACUCUUGGAGACCUUCCGACGAUGGAACUCUAUAAAUGGCGCGAUCCGAGAUAUGACGACGUAGUACAUCAAUUUGCCGAGUGGGCCAUGGAAAAGCUGCAGACGUCGGAGAGGCGUGGGCCUUGUCAUCCACACUACGAGGUCCAAGCACUAACUUAUAUCCAUGAACACGGCUUGAAGGAUAUUUAUCCUUACAUCGCUUCCUCGGACCUUUCUUGCGCAACGUGUAAGCUUCUCAUUGAGGUAUAUUAUAACGUUCAAGGCACAGAAACACUAGACUUGUCUUCGAGUGGAAGGAUGGAUGACACGUGCCCGAUUCCGGAAUUUGAGGGAGAGUUGGGGAGAAGGUUUCGCAAAAUGUUCCUGGGCAAUCUACACGGGAAAGUGGCUUGGACGGCCAGAAGGUGGAUUGGUCAACUACCGGUCCCAUGGAAGAAACGUAAAGGUAGCUUUGCUGCACAAGAUACCGUCGAGUCAUCGCCACGGAAACUCCCUAUCAUUGUUGCCGAAAGUGAUUCCAGUAAUUCCGUGUUACUGAGCUCUUGACAACAAUGUCUUGUGGUCAUGACGGUUAUGCCUGUACUCCAAAUAGGAUCUCUGUGUCCGAAUAUCCUCUGGAUUAGGCACCAGCUUGGCUUUGGAGCAUCUACUAGUGUAUCAGGCGAGGCUUGCAUUUCCGUAGUUGCAUAUGCUAGAGAAAUCAGAGCGGGUACUCUACGAGAUACGGGAGCGAC